GCGCCGGCGGCGGGAGCCGCUCCCGGCCCCGCGGGAGGGACGGGGCGGGCGGCGGCGAUGGAGGAGCCGCUCUGCUGCUGCGAAUACGUGGACCGGCGCGGCCAGCGCAACCACCUGGCGGCGUGCUGCUGCGACUGCGAGGAGCUGGACGACGGCUGCGACAGGUGGCUGACGUGCAAAUCCCUGCCCCCGGGAGCGCUGGAGAGGAUCGCCGACACCAUCGCGGACCGGCUGCGGGUCCCGUGGUUCUCGGGGGCCGUGAAGAUCAACGUGAGCCUCGUGCCGCCGCUCGUCCUGCUGCCCGUCUUCCUCCACGUUGCCGCCCUGCACUUCCUGCUGGGGCUCAUAAUCCUGACGUCCCUGCCCGUCGUGGUGCUGUGGUAUUACUACCUCACCCACCGGAGGAAGGAGCGGACUCUCUUCUUCUUGAGCCUGGGGCUCUUCUCCUUGGGAUAUAUGUACUAUGUGUUUCUCCGGGAGGUGGUUCCCCGGGGCCACGUGGAAUAUUCCCAAGUGGUCGCUCUCACGUGCGGGUUAAUUCUUAUGCUUGCAGCCUUGUCUCGAGCCAAGAAGGACCCUGGCUAUCUUCCCAUCCCAGCAGGCAAUGAGGAGCCAUCGCACCAGGGUUUGGCCAGCAAGAGUGUUAGAGGGAGCUCCAGCGGGCUCCAUGGUAUCUCAGGUGCUGCCAGCAGUCGUGCUGUGAAUGGGGAAGCUAAAGGUUAUUGCAGGAUGGCAGCUGGGCAGCCAGAAGGUGUGAAAAAGGACUGGUGCACUAAAUGCCAGCUGGUCAGGCCAGCCCGAGCAGGGCACUGCCGGCUUUGUGGCAGGUGUGUGAGGAGGCUGGACCAUCACUGUGUCUGGAUUAACAGCUGUGUAGGGGAGCACAACCAUCAAGCUUUCAUCCUUGCACUCUCGUUCUUCAUGCUCACCUCUGUGUAUGGGAUUACCUUGACCCUGCACACCAUCUGUAGGGGCCGAACUCCCUUUGUGGCAUUGUUCUACUGCCCCGGGGCCUAUUCUAACUACAGCUCUGCUCUGUUGUUCACCUGUGUAUGGUACUGUGCCAUUGUAACAGCUGGCAUGGGAUACAUCCUCCUUAUCCAGCUGUUGAACAUCAGCUACAACGUGACUGAGAGGGAAGCUCGGCUGGCUCUGCGGGACAACACCGGGCGCAGACUGCUGGGCGGCUUAGUGAUAGACACUGGCCAGUAUAACCGGGGACUCCUGUGCAACUGGGGCCACUUCCUGAGCCUGGGGUCUUCUCCUCCACAGCGCUCUGCUGAGGACAUUGUGUGACACCCCUCUUUCUGCAGAUGUGUCGUAGUUCACUGACUUUGUUUAGCAGGGGAGCCGCCCCUCCCUCCAGGACUCCUUCCUUGCACAACCUUCCCUUGUGGUCGGCAUGUAGGCUGCCCAUCCCCUCACCGACAACACCAGAGGUUUUCCCAGGUGGAAUGGUUCUUCACAUGCUGUCAGCCAGCAAUAGGAUGCAGAAAACAGUAAGCCAUAUGUGCAGAUGGGGAGAGGAGGAGCCUGCUGCCAUUUUCCACUGUGGGAAACAGCAAGAAGAGCACAAGGUUUUGAGAACUUGAGUUUUCAUUAGAUGUGAACACUGGCAUCAGGAGUAACCGGCUGCCGGGCUUCAGGGAGUGCACUGGUUCCUGCAAAGGUUAAAGAAUCCCUGGCUCGUACCUACGUGUGGCAUUUUGGAGAUGUCAGAAGAGUGAACUCUGGAUACAGAUGGACCCUUGCAGAAACCAGGCUCUUUGGCUAAAAGAGACUGUCUAAGCAGUCACUGAGCAGCGUUCUCCUCUCUGGUGCAUUUAUUUAUUUAUUUUUACUUUCUUAUUCCAUCCAGCUGUGUACAUGCUUCUAUUAAGUGCCUUUGUGAGCUAUAUUCCUGUAGGGCUUUGUAGAUCCCUUCACCUCUUGACCCCUGAAAUUGUUAUUCCAUCCUUGUCUAAAUGAGUGAAAAGAGAUCCCAUUGUUCUUUCUGUAAGCUGGGUCUGUAUUGGUUUGAAGGCUUUGCUCAUCUCCCUCAAAGUGUUUCUGCUCCGAUUAUGGGUUGUGACACAUGACAGCAGGUAAAUACACCAAGUAAGGAAAUGUUUUGAAGUAACAGUGAACUCUGAGGGCAAAACAAGAGUGCUGUCCAUCUGGUAUUACUGUAGCUUUAUGGAAAUUACCUUCUCCUUCUGUCUGUGGGAGAAGGGAAUCUGUGGGAGAGUAGGCAAUUCUGCUAGCAGCAUGUUUGGUAGGUAGCAUCUUGGUUAGUUGUGUUGCUGUCAGCACAGUGAUCUUGUCUCAACCCCAGUUGUAGAGCUGCCUGACUGUAGAGCUGUUUUCUCAUGCCAAGAAGGCAAGGAACAGAUCAGCCUUAGGGUACGGAGGGAGAGGUGGAGGAUGUGUUGGAGGUGUCUGAUUUUGGGAUAGACGACCUGUAGUGGCAGGUGAAUGAGCCUGCAAGAAUGCGAUUUGUUCCUCAUCAGCCUGCAACUGUAUUAUGGCCUGGACUUGAGCUUCAGCCAAAAUGACGAGGUUUUGGUGGCAGUGGUUUCUGGAUUUCGUGGGUGGGUUUUUUUUGUUGCUUUUUGUUUUAAACCCUUUAUGUAUGCUGUUGGCCCUGCAGUAAUAGGGAGGGUCUGGCUGGAAGAGCUGGGGACCAUGGCACAAGAAUUACAGGUUGGGCCUAAGGUGAAAAAGCAGAGAUCAGAGCUUUGUCGUAGCCAUGGUGAUUUCAGAUGUGUGCAUCAUGCACAGGUCAGGCCUGCCCCUGACUGCACGGGCGUGGCAGGCAGCUGGGGGAUGUUGGGCAAGUGAUGCUCAUUCAUUGUGCUGCUGUGCAUUAGCUUUGAAGAAUGGAUGGAUGGUGCAUGGUGCUAAACGAAAGCAGGGUCAGGGGUGUCCCUUGAGAUCCCUGCCAAAUUUGUUGUGAGUGCUCUUCAUUACAUGUCCCACUUUAAGGUAAAGAUUGUGUCCCUCUUUGUACUGUUUGGUUUCCUCGAGUGGCACUUUUUAUAACCAGCAGAUAACUGAGGAGCAGCUGCACCUGGAAUGUGGCUGUUACAGAGUUACUGAAUUUCCCUUAUUUCCUCUUGCCUCUUUUCAUCCUGUGAACAGUUCUCUAUAAGGAGGUAAAGGGACAGCUCUCUUGCUUCUUACCCUCUAACCAAGCACCCUAAGAGGUUCUGAUCACUUCCUUGAUCCUAAUGUGAAUAAAAAGGCACUUAGCUGGACUGUGCAAAGCAUUCCUUUUUGACUCUCUGUUUGGAGCUUGAAGCCUGAUCCUAGGAGUUGAAAUUGAGACAAAGUUGCUUUCCCUUGAUUUGUCUGUAAAUGUUUCCAAGGCACAUAUGUAUUUUGUGAUGCCUGCUGAGAUGAACUGGAGCGUGGCAACCCUGGAGAUAAGGAUGCUGUGGGCUAGUGGGAUCUUCUUAGAUCUUACCCUGCUGGCACUGAGGAAUAUUGAGGCAGAAGGACCUCCUGGGCUAAACAAACUCCUGCAGUGGAGACAGCCAAUUUGUUUGUCCCUGUGCGUUGCAUGCACAGGAAUCAAUCAUGCACCCAUGGGCUGAACGAGUUCUGGGAGCUUUUGCAGGUUUGAGAUAAGUGAUUUCUCAGAGUCCUGCUACUCCUGGCUGGGAGAAAGCAGAGCAGAUCGCAGGGCUGGCAGUGUUGGCCCUGUGGUACUCACUUGCACUCACAGGCAGAGAUUGGUUUCUACUUUGCAGCCUGUCAGUGUAGCCUUGUCCCUUGUCUCUCAGUGAGCUCUUAGUGAUUGGGAGGUUUCAUCUGAACUGCUUACACCGAGACUCUCUCAGGGCUGUUCUCCCAGGCAGCGAGGAAUUUGGAGUGCAGCUUAGGAACAAAAGACCUGAGACUAAUGUAACCAUUUCAUACCUUGGUCAGGCAUGCUCCAGUAUAGCGGGGGUGAAGUGCUGAAGUAAAUUUCAUUUUUUGCACUGGCUCCAGUGGGAACCAAAACUAUUCAGGGCACUAAAGGGUUGCAAGGAUGGGAUUUUUCUAGGAGGAAAAUGCAGUGCUGAUUCCUCAGUGAAUAGGAAGUUCAGGUUGGCUGUAAUCUGCAUAGCAGUGGUGACUGUUUCUUUAACAGGAUUUGUUUACCUCUUCUUCCUGAAAGGAUUUGCUUUGUGAAUGCCUUGGGAGAUGAGAAACAUAAAGUAACAGGAUAUUUAAAAGGCAUCUAAAUGGGCGGAAGAGUUUCAAUCCCUUCAGAUGCAUACUUGGGAACUCUCCUUUUAACAUCCCUGAGAAUAAGCAGGGAACUCUUGGAGGGUAGUGCUCCCUUUGCAGUUAUUGCAAGGGCAAACUGUUGUGAUCCGGUGUGCUCAGGAACAGUUUCUUUUCUGAGUUAUUUCCUGCUGAGCUUGGUACUGACCAUACAGGUAGAAAAAUGUUAAAAUCUAAGAGCGUUAAGAGUCAGUCCUCUGGCUCACUAUGUUAGUAGCUGCCUAGAUCCAUGCUGCCUGGGGGUUGGAGCAGUAGGAGCAGCCAGCAUGUGACUUGUGGGUUGUGUGUGGCCUUUAGGCAAGGACCAGUGUCUCACCUGUAAAACUGUAUGCCUGGCAGCGCAGAAAACAGUACCCUGCUGGCUUUUGAAAAGUCUUCCCUCUGUAUAACAAGAGGACUUAAAGCUGAUCAAGAGCAGGGAAGGAUUUUGGUAACAGCCAGCCCGGAUGUUUUUCCACCCAGACUCAGAAGUUAGUUUGUCUUGCUUUACCCAUGACCUUUUAAGAGGCACUUGUUGUUUUACAAAUAAUGUGGACAUCUGCAGACCAGGCAGCUUGUAGGGGACCAGGCUUCUGGUAUUGCUGGUGUUGUAAUGUUACACCCUCCGUGCCCAAAUGCCAACACCCCACUGUUUGGCGUCUGUAGGAACACUGUAGUAGGAACAGUGCACCUUUAGAUACACCCUAUAAGUGGUGGCUUGGCACUCUUUAACUGUGUCUUCCUUCAUUGUGCUUUUUUGUAGGCGAGUCACAGGUCCCCACAUCGACUGUUUCUCCAUUUAACUUGUCCUCAAAUGACAAAAGUCACUGGUGAGCCUGAGCUGGUGCUGCUUGUGACUCCUAAUCACAUUUCAGCCUUCAUGCUAUGAUGGUGCUUUUUUUCCCCUUCAAAGUAGGUUGCUUUCAAGUGUCUUAAUGAAACCAUUUGCUGUAAAAUUUCUUCUGAAGAUAAAAUGGAUACUGCCUCACUGCCUAAUGUCUUAAUAAUGUGCUUGGUUUUUUCCUCCUAUAUGAAUGUAUAUUGCCUCAUUAGGGCAGGAAGCGUGUGUGAUUAUGGAUGUGUUUUCCUGUAUUCCUUUCAGUGAAAAAUUCUAGUUACCUAGGAUUUUUUUUUUUUUUUUGCCACUACCAGGAUGUUCAUGCAGCAAAAAUCUUUCUGCAGACAGGUGAAGUUCUUUCUGAAAUGUGGGAAUUCAGCCUCCCAAGGUCUUGUCUUUAUGGAACUCCUCUAAUGAUAAUGUGAAGAGUGAUGGGCGCUGGAAGAACUGUCUACCUUGGAAAGUUUUUUGGUUGGUUGGGUUUUUUUUAAACCUGAGCUUUAGGAAGAAACUUUGUGAAAUAUUUGUGAGCCUUUUUGAAGAGACUGAUGUGUAUAUGUUUGUGUCCAUUUUGCAUCAUAUUCAGUGUUUACAAAUGGGUAUCAACUGAAUCAAAAUAAAUUAAUGGAAAUUA